AUAACAACAUGGCUCCCUUUACACCACUCUACAUCGAUGGCGACGCAGUGCAGGCUAGCAAUGGAGAAUCCUUCGAAGUUCGCAAUCCGUACUCUGGACAAGUCGUUGGCACAGCUGCGUCGGCCUCUAGUGUCGAUUGUGUGACCGCUAUUGAGGCUGCGGGCCGUGCUUUUAAAAUCUGGGAGCACUCUAGUCCUAACACAAGACGCGACAUAUUCUUGAGAGCUGCUGAGCUACUUUCCGGUGAUAAAUACAAGAGCAAGAUAACGGAAGCCAUCAAGGAGGAGACUGCUGGAGCAGACUAUUGGGGUGCCUUUAACUCAGCUAUAGCGAUCAACUUCCUUCGUACUCAAGCAGGUCUCGUUGACCGCCUCAAGGGAGAGAUAUACCCGUCUGGUUCUGUGCCUGGGGCACAGGUUAUUGCUCAGCGUAGGGCGAUGGGAGUAAUCUUCGCAAUCGCUCCCUGGAAUGCUCCCGUUGCACUUGCAAUGAGAGCAGUUGCUGUCCCUCUCAUAUGUGGGAAUGCAGUUGUGCUUAAAUCAUCAGAGUAUAGCCCCAGGAGCCAGGCGUUGGUUGUGGAGUUAUUACAAGAAGCUGGUCUUCCUGCGGGCGUCCUCAACUUCAUUUCUAUCUCGAGAGAGAAUGCUCCUGCUUUGACUGCCGAGAUUAUUGCACAUCCUCUUGUGCGCAACAUCAAUUUCACAGGCAGCGACCGUGUUGGGAGGAUAAUUGCCAUGGAGGCGGCCAAACAUUUGAAGCCGUGCAUCUUGGAGCUUGGAGGGAAAGCACCAACAAUUGUCUUGGAUGACGCUGAUGUGGCUGAAGCAGCCAAAGCAAUCACAUACGGAGCCAUGGCGCACUCGGGUCAGGUCUGUAUGUCAACGGAACGCGUGAUCGUUCAGCGCGGUAUCUCAGAGAAGUUAAUCGCUGCAGUCAGAGCCCUUUGCGAAGAUCUAAAGUCAGGAGACGUUUCGAAUGACUCUUCUGUUAAACUCGGGGCGUUGUUUGCAGAGUCGUCUGCUGAGGGUGUUUUGAAAAUGAUACAAGAGGCGCAGGCUGAUGGAGCUGAAGUCGUGCUCGGGGAUCUCAAGCGGGAGGGCGCGGUCUUGCAGCCACAUUUGGUAAAGGGCCUCAAACCAGGAAUGAGGUUGUGGGCUCGAGAAUCAUUCGGUCCAGUUACCGCAUUUGCGAUCGCGGAUAGCGUGGAGGAAGCCGUGGAACUGGCUAAUUCCUCUGAUUAUUCGCUGUCCGCCUCGCUUUGGACCUCCGAUGUAUAUAAAGGUCAAGCGAUUGCUUCUCAAGUCCGAGCAGGCUGCACAAACAUCAACGGGCCAACCAUCCACUCUGAGCCAACUGAUGGCCUUCUCGGCCUUGGUGGUUCUUCUGGAUAUGGCCGAUUCCAUUUCGAGGAUUUCACAGACAAGAGAGUCAUUGUUAUGCAUCCCCCUGGGCGGAAGUAUCCCCUUGUUGAUUUCUAGGUGAAGUCUCAACAGUCAUAAAAUUUUCCUUUUCACCUUUACUGUCAAGGGCAAAAGGGUGUAGUUCCUAAUUAUUCGACUCAUCCAACUUAGUUCGUCAAGGUUGUAAAAUACACAUGCAUGAGAAAUGUUGCGCCCACUGAACACUC